AUGAGUGAAUCAUCGCAAACGGAGGAAAAGCCGCCAUAUGCAUUAUUCUUUGGCGGAAUGGGCGCUGCCUCGGCCAUCAUAUUCUCGGCGCUGGGCGCCGCCUAUGGCACAGCGAAGUCCGGCACUGGCAUUGCCGCAAUGGCCGUAAUGCGGCCGGAGUUAAUUAUGAAGUCCAUCAUACCGGUGGUCAUGGCUGGCAUUAUAGCCAUCUACGGGCUGGUCAUCUCGGUGCUGAUUGCCGGCUCGCUGUCGGACGACUACACCAUACGCAAGGGCUACAUUCAUCUGGCCGCUGGACUCUCAGUGGGAUUUUCCGGCUUGGCGGCGGGCUUUGCCAUUGGCAUUGUGGGCGAUGCCGGUGUGCGUGGCACAGCGCAGCAGCCACGCCUCUUUGUGGGCAUGAUACUCAUUCUGAUCUUUGCCGAGGUCCUGGGCCUGUACGGCAUGAUUGUGGGCAUCUACUUGUAUACCAAAUAAAAAUGGAAAUGAAAAUGCAUUAAAAAUAUUUGCGGCGGCAGCAACUUAAAGUGUUUUGAGAAUUUCAUUUGGCUGAUGGCAGCGACACAGCAGUUGGCCCCUGAUUCCCAGGCGUUGCGAAUCUGUGUGGCACCUUGUGACAACUUAACAAUCACAUCUGCUUGCAGAAGAAGCGUACCCCAAAGUCCCAGUCAUAAAAACCCGCAAGCCCCCCGUGGAAACUGAAACGCUUUACUACAAAACAUUCAAAAUGCAAAACAUUCCAUGGCACACAAAUAAAAAUGUCAUGAAGCUUC